AUGCACAAGUCCCAGGGCAUGACAAUUCCUUGUGUUGCUGCAAACUUGGGCGACACGGAAAUGCAUCUGGGCGGUACGUUUACCGUCUUGUCUCGGGUGCCUGCCUUGACUGGUCUUGCUUUGGAACGUGGCUUGAAUUUCGACCGGUUGGCCAAGAUCAACCAGAGCCGGUCUUUGUUGGCACGGAAAGAAUACGAAGCUGCGAAAUGGCCACCGCUCGAAGCCAAUGCGCUUCGACAUUUUCAGUCGGUCCUUGCAGAGCUGUUGCUGAAACGGGGGUCUCCCGAAGCAGCUGUGCUGGACACGAUCGGCGGCUUGGCCGAAACAGCAGCUGAGCAAUUGUCACUGCCUGACUUCACUGCGGAACUGUGA